AUGGAGGAUGCGCAGGCGCGACCGGCAUCAAAUGGAGACACACCUCGAAGAUUCAAGAAGGAGACACCUUUGUCCAAGCAGCCGAGCGCAACGCAAUCGCCGGCGGUCAAGGGCGAGCGUGAAGAGACGAUAGGUGGCGAUCUCAGCAUCAAGCUUGAGCCCGGCAAAGCUCCGAAGCUGUCGCGCACCAUGUCCCAGAAAGUUAUUACUGGACCUCGACAAUUGUUUAACGAUCUACCUGACGCUACUGAUGAAGCUACGUCAACGUUUGACAUUCUUGCUGAUUGCACGUAUGGCGCAAAGCAUCUUGGCACCACCGAGCAAGCGCUCGAAUGCGACUGCGUUGAAGAAUGGGAUGCGCGAACCCAAUCUAACAAUGCCUGUGGCGAGGAUUCUGAUUGUAUCAACCGGGCCACCAAAAUGGAGUGCCCGGGGGACUGCGGCUGUGGAGAUGGUUGCCAAAAUCAGCGCUUUCAACGCAAGGUCUAUGCCGACGUUUCUGUCAUCAAGACAGACAAAAAAGGCUUCGGUCUACGAGCUAACCGAGACCUCAAGCCGAACGACUUCAUCUUUGAAUACAUCGGCGAAGUCAUCUCGGAGCCCGCCUUCAGGCGACGAAUGCACCAAUAUGAUCAAGAGGGCAUAAAGCACUUUUAUUUCAUGUCCCUCGCCAAAAGUGAAUUUGUUGACGCAACCAAAAAGGGAAACCUCGGCCGAUUCUGCAACCACUCGUGCAAUCCGAAUUGUUAUGUCGACAAAUGGGUUGUCGGGGAUCGACUCCGCAUGGGCAUCUUUGCCGAGCGUCAAGUCGAAGCCGGAGAAGAGCUUACCUUUAACUACAAUGUCGACCGCUAUGGUGCCGACCCUCAGCCCUGUUACUGCGGUGAACCGAACUGUUCUGGAUUCAUUGGCGGCAAGACACAAACAGGCGAUCGUGGGACCCAACUUUCAUCAACCAUUCAAAAGGCUCUUGGCAUCUUUGGAAACGAAGAUUGGGAAAAUGCCGCUCAUACCAAAAAGCCGCGAAAGAAGAAGGCUUCUGAGGAGGAUGAGGAAUACAUCGACAGUAUUGAGCUUAAGCAGCUUGGCCCAGCCGACGUCAAGGUUGUCAUGGGAGAAAUCUACAAGAGCCAAGAAAAAUGGAUCAUCGUCAAGCUUCUCAACCGUAUACAGAAUUGCGAGAACGAGAACGUGCAGUUCAAAGUCGCAAAGAUGCACGGCUAUGUCAUUCUCAACAAACUUCUCAAGACAUAUGCCGACGACACGAAUAUCCUUUUGCAGAUUCUGGACAUUCUUAACAAGAUUCCGCGAUUGACUCGCAACAAGAUCGUCGACUCCAAGAUUGAUGUCACCGUCGAAGGUCUGCUCGAACAUGAAGACGAGAGAGUCAAGACACAAGCUGGAAAGAUCUACGAAGAGUGGAGCAAGCUAGUCAUCGCCUACCGUAUCCCUCGAGUGAAGAGAGACCCCAACUUGCUGCAGCAAGAGAAGAGGUCAGACCGACCAGAGAGAAAGACCCGGGAUAGAAGCCGAUCUCGAUCACGCUCAAGGUCGGUUGAAGCACCGAGGGGGCCCAAAGGACCAUCUGGCAAGGCAAUUCCUUUUGGGCCUCGUGGAGGUGUGCAUAGAGGUGGCUUCUACCAAAACGGCCCUCGAGCUCCCUUCAGACCUCGAGCUCCACCUCCGCCAGCCGAGCUUCCGCCUGGCUGGUAUGUCGCAUUUGAUCAAAAUGGCACACGCUACUACUACGAUGGCGAUGGUAACGUCCAAUGGACACCGCCCACCCAGUCGGCGACCAACGCACCCCCACCUCCGCCACCAAGAGUGCUGUCCGAAGCACAGAAACUUGAAGACCUGAUUCAAGGCAUCGUCAACAAGAAGGAACCACCGAGCACCGACAAACCCUCGGCCACGGCAACUCCGACGGAGACACCUGUCAAAUCCAAAUCUGAUGAGAAGUGGCGAUCAUUACCUGAAGAGAAGCAGAAGAGGGUAUACGAGAACACCCUCUUCCCAUCUGUCAUUCACGUUGCCAACAAAUACAAAGGCAAACUCGACAGAGAGGACAUCAAGCGCUUCGCAAAAGAAUGCUCCAAGAAGCUUGUCAACUCCGACUUCAAAAACAACCGUGUCACCGACCCGAGCAAGAUCGAUACACGACAAGAGAAGGCGGUGAAGAAGUUCGUGGCCGAGUUUUUCGAGAGAGCUGUGGUGAAGAAGAAGGAGCAUGACCAACGCAAAGGACAAAGCUCGAGCCAAGCAGACAUGGAGACGAUGCAGAUCGAUUCACCCAAAAAGGACGUCGACAUGGAAAACAGCAACGGUAUCGCUGCAACACCAAGCCCACCAGUGCUUAAGCGUGCGCGUGACGAAGAAGGUUCGACCGCAGGAGCUGAUCAUGACGACGAUCAACAAGGCAAGAAGGCCAAAGUCGCUGCACCCGCUCCUCCACCUCCUCCACCGCCGCCAGCCGGGGAUGUGCGCAAGGAAAGCAUGCAACCAAGCAGCGAAGACUAUUCCGGUGCUGAAGGCUUCUCGAUUAAGGGUGCCGCUGGCGGACUUCAUCAACGUACAGCAAAGUACCAGUCACCAAUGCAGGUUGCAACACCACCUACAACCAACAGCCCCGACGCCGAAGAACGGGAACGCCGCCGAAGAGAGUUCAGUGGAGUCAACGCAGACAGAAUGAGGCAUUUGGGAUUCAUGGAUGGCUCGAAUGAUCGCUGA